UCAUAGCUGCAGAAGAGUAGCUCUCUGCUUGAGAAAAUUCAGACAUAUAAAGCGGAGAGCUCAGAUCCAAGCGUUGCAAAAACCUUCAAUUUACGCCGACGAUAUUUUGUUACUACCUUAGAUAAUACCGUGCAACUGCAGAUAAUUUAGAGAUCACAAUCCAAUAUGGCGGACAGAAAGUCGGAUCGUCAGGUGGGGAUCAUAGGAAGUGGUUUAAUAGGGCAUAGCUUUGCUAUGCUUUAUGCUGCAGCUGGAUAUCGAGUGCGCAUGUACGAUAUAAAACCUGAACAGAUCCAGCACGCUUUAUUCAUCAUUGACGACCAACUUCAGCAUCUAGCUAAAAAUGGAUUAUUGCGAGGAAAAUUGACAAUCAAAGAGCAAAGAUCAUUAAUCACAGAAACGAACGACUUUACCGAGUGUGUCAAGGACGCCUUCUUUAUACAAGAAUGUGUUAACGAGGGACUGGAGUUGAAGCGGGAGGUCCACUCUCAGAUCGACUCCAUCUGUAGAAAGGACGCCAUUAUCUCAAGCUCCACUAGUACAUUGGUCCCGUCUCUUAUUUCUGAGGGUCUCACCAACAAAAACAGAUUCAUCGUCUGUCAUCCGACGAAUCCUCCAUUUUACGCCCCUUUGGUUGAGGUGAUACCAGCUCCGUGGACAGACCCAGAGGUGGUAUUUACAACCAAGGAACUGAUGACAGAGAUUGGACAGGUUCCCGUUCUGGUGAAGAAGGAGAUGGAGAUUGACGGAUUUGUCUUCAAUAGGAUUCAAUACGCAAUCGUUGGGGAAUGCUGGAGACUGUAUGAGGAGGGGGUAAUGAGUGCAGAAGACAUUGAUAAGGUGAUGUCGGAGGGACUAGGACGGAGGUACGCCUUCAUGGGUCCCCUGGAAGUUACCUACCUUAACGCCGACGGACUGCUCGUGUUUGGGGACCUAUACCGUGAGACGUUAUACAGAGUUCAGUGCUCGUUUGGUCCCCCGAAGAAAAUGGAGGGACCCACUCUGGAAAAAAUACACAACGAAAUCGCAGCCAGAAUCCCGCUGGAUAAACUCUACGAGAGAAGAAAAUGGCGGGACAUUCGUCUUGCACACCUCCAGAAGUUAAAGAACGAACUAGACGAAUCUCAUUCAUAGACUUUGCUUUAACUGGAAAUAUUUUCACUUGAUGUUUAAAUGUAAAUGUGUCUAGAGAUUGAUACGAGAAGAAUAAAUUUAUUGUUCAGCAUAGUACUUUGUUUGCA